AUGUCCUUAAAUUAUACCUUCAAUUAUCCUUCCAAGCAGAAGCUAGCUCAGCGCUUGCAGGAUGCUGAGGAACAGGUAGAGGCUGUAAACUCUAAAUGUGCCUCUCUGGAAAAGACCAAGCAGAGGCUACAGCCUGAGGUAGAGAACCUGAUGGUGGAUGUUGAGAAAGCCAACAGUGCAGUAGCUGCUCUAGACAACAAACAAAACAAAAAAAACUCCAAUAUUUACACAUUAUCAUUCUGUAUAAAUCUAAAAGAUCCUGGUAGGAUGGAAGGAAAAAUACGAAAAAAGUUAGGCUGAGAUGGAGGCUGCUAAAAAAGAAUCCCCGAUGCCUGAGCACCGAUAUCUUCAAGCUGAAGAAUGCUUAUGAGGAGGCUUUGGAACAAUUUGAGACCUUGAAACGCGAAAACGAAUUUGCAACAUAGGUUUAUCUAGAUUAUAUUGGUUGCAGGAGACAUUGCUAACUUUUCAAUAAUUCUUAACUUAAUCUAAGCAUAUUUUCUAGUAUUAGCAUUAGUAUAGCUAUACAGGUGGCAACUAUGGUAUCCAUUUCUGCAAAUUACUGUAAUAUAUUGAAUUAUAUCAUUUUAGAUGUCAAAUGGGACCUUUAUGUCUCCUAAAUCUCUUCCUAUUGUAUUUUGUCCUGCUAUACUACUUGUGUCACAACAGAUCCCAACCUCACACAUAUUAGUACUGCUGAAUUACUGCAGAACUUACAGUAAAUUUUAAAAGCCAGUCACUGUGGAGCAAAGUCCCAGUAACCAGACGACACAUAGUUCUAAGAGUACAAGCUGGAAUAUAUUUAUUGGUAGCCACAACUGGACUUUUAUGCAGGUACCCAUGAAAGGAGCACUCCCCCCUAGACCUGAGAGUAGACUAAAGUAAAAACAUCCACUGAUAGCCUUGAUCUGGGUGACCAACAUAUCCAAAAAUCACCCAGAUCGUUUCAGGGGUUCAGGAUUUUCCUGGAAGUCAUAAUUUGACUGACCGCACGCAUGGUCCUAAGCCCAAAAUAGUUCCAGAGAAUCAGGGCUUGUGGUUGGUCUAGUUUGGUAGUUUAAAAAUGAACAAACUACUGAACAUAGUCCAUAUUCUUACCCUGGAGUUUGUUCCCCUUAUUCGUGGGAAUGUUUCCUUCUAAGUGUUGUAGAAUCGAACGCAGGCGAUCAUGGAAGUCCAGCGAUGUUCGGGAGUUUCAGUGUCCCAAAAUAGUUCCAUGAACUCAACAAACAAACACCGCCGCCUGUGUUCAUGCGGUACACCUCAUAGUUGUCCUUAGGAAUUGCAGUCACCCAGACGAACACUUUGAACACUGCGGUGGAAAUUGCUACAAAGUAUCAAUUAGGCUUAACAAGCUCCAGGGUGGUGUGUGGUUUGUGCGGCUGUUUGUUUCCCCAACCAUAUAGUCCAAAUACACGAACAGAGACUUUUACAUAAAAUUUUACAGGGCCCAUAGUCUGUGGGCAGGAGGCUGGCAAGCAGGCUCCUCCAGGAGCUUGUGGCAAACUCACUUGGAAAGGGGAGUUUAUCACAAUCUGCAACCAAUAUUGUGAAGGGAUACUGUUAAACAAGCAAUGAUAAAUAGAUAUUUCUAAUAGGAAUCUUUGGAACAUGAAGAAGCCAAGAUCCUCAGUGUUCAGCUGGAAUUGAACCAGAUAAAAUGUGAGGUGGACAGGAAAAUUGCAGUAAGAGAGCUGUUGAUACCCUGCAAAGCAGGAUGAUGCUCUGAUACUGAAGAAGAAGAUGGAAAGGAGACUUGAAUGAACUUGAAAUUCAGCUCAGCUACGCCAACCGCCAGGCUGCAGAGGCACAGAAACAGCUCCGCAAUGUGCAGGCACAAUUGAAGGUAUCUCAGGAGCACCUCACACAACAAUAUUAAUAUUUAUUAUUUUUACACUAGUGUUAAAGCUGUUGGUUUUUAAAACGUAAUGCCUAGAAUAUUGUCCAUAAUACAUAACAGCUUGAACAUGUAUUUUGCUGUAUCUUUUAUAGGAUACCCAGCUUCAGCUGGAUGAUGCAGUCAGAGGACAGGAAGAUCUGAAAGAACAGGUGGCCAUGAUUGUACAUAGAACCAACCUGUUCCAGGCUGAACUUGAAGAGCACAGGUCUGCUCUGGAACAGACAGAGAUAUCUUGUAAAGCUGCAUGGAUGCAAGUGAACAUGUCCAGCUUUUGAACUCACAUGUAAAGUACAUAGAAAGGAAAUACAUUAAAUGUUCAUUGAUAUAAUGUGCCUAAAUAGAUGGAAUAUUAAAUACACUUUAUUCCUAUGCACUUCAGAACACCAGCCUUCACAACACCAAGAAGAAGCUUGAGUCUGACAUUGCUCAACUCCAGAACGAAGCUGAGGAAGCUGUCCAAGAAUCAAGAAAUGCUGAGGACAAAGCCAAGAAGGCCAUCACCGAUGUAUGUUUUGUACAAAGUUUGCACGUUAUGUUCAGUUUCUUUCUUUUGUUGUUUGUUUUGCUUUGCUAUUCACUAUCUUCUUGAAUUUUUUUCCAAAGGCUGCUCUGAUGGCAGAGGAACUGAAGAAGGAGCAGGACACCAGCUCUCACUUGGAGAGAAUGAAGAAGAACCUUGAGCAAAGCGUGAAAUAUGCAGCACCGUCUGGAUAA